UUCCAGGUAGCUUCGCUCUAGGGCCUAGAGGCAUCAGGGGCUUGAGUUUCAGAAUGGCGGAACAUCCAAAGUGCCCUUUGAUUACAACCAGAGGUCCUCAGCUUCUGUGAAAAUUGGGCCCCAAGUGUCAGAUCUUCUCAUCCACUGCUGAACACUUUGGGGCUCCCAGUCACUGCUUCUUGCCCAUACAGGAAGCCGUCCCCAUGCAUGUUUUUUGCUCAGCAAAGCCUCAGCUGCCUUGGCAUUAGGACACAGCUACUGAAGACAGUUUAUCCUGUAAGAUUCUUCAGAUUUUCGACCUCUGCAACAAUGGCCUUCAAGCACAAAAACACAAAACGAAUCGAAGGGCUUGAUGUCAAUGUAUGGGUUGAAUUUACUAAGGUGGCUGCAGACCCCUCAAUUGUUAAUCUUGGUCAAGGCCUUCCGGAUAUAUCCCCUCCUAGCUAUGUUAAAGAAGAGCUAGCCAAGGCAGCGACAGUUGAUAGGCUGAACCAGUACACACGUGGCUUUGGCCAUCCAUUGCUGGUGAAAGCCUUGUCCCAGGUAUAUGAGAAGGUUUGUGGAAGGAAGAUUGACCCUUACACAGACAUCUUGGUGACAGUGGGAGGAUAUGGAUCUCUGUUUAGUGCAAUACAGGGGUUAAUUGAAGAGGGAGAUGAAGUGAUAAUAAUAGAGCCAUUUUUUGACUGUUAUGAGCCCAUGGUGAAGAUGGCAGGAGGAAAACCUGUUUUUAUCCCAUUGAGAUAUAAAACUGUUGUUGGGAACUCUGCAUCUAGUGCUGAUUGGGUCUUAGAUCCCACUGAACUUGCAAGUACAUUUAAUUCCAGAACAAAAGCUAUCAUACUGAAUACUCCUCACAACCCUAUAGGCAAGGUAUUUACCAAAGAAGAACUCCAGGUAAUAGCUGAUCUCUGUAUUAAACAUGACACCCUGUGCUUCAGUGAUGAGGUAUAUGAAUGGCUGGUGUACAAAGGAAAUAAACACAUUAAAAUAGCUACACUGCCAGGCAUGUGGGAGAGAACAAUAACUAUAGGAAGUGCUGGAAAGACAUACAGUGUCACUGGCUGGAAGCUUGGAUGGUCCAUUGGUCCACAGCAUUUGAUAAAACAUUUGCAAGUUGUUCAGCAGAAUACGCUGUAUACAUGCCCAUCUCCGUUACAGGAGGCGUUGGCACAAGCACUUUGGAUUGACUUUAAACGCAUGGAUGACCCAGACUGCUACUUUUACUCGCUGUCUCGAGAGUUGGAAGGCAAGCGUAAUCGGAUGGCUCAGCUACUCCAAGAAGUUGGAUUGAAACCUGUCAUUCCAGAUGGAGGAUACUUCAUGAUUGUUGAUGUUUCUGCACUCAAUGUGGAUCUGUCUGAUAUGGAGGUGAAUCAACAUUAUGAUUAUAAAUUUGUGAAAUGGAUGAUAAAAUCUAAGAAACUGUCAGCAAUUCCUCUUACAGCAUUCUGUGGCCCAGAGAGCAAAAAGCAGUUUGAGAAAUAUAUACGUUUUUGCUUCAUCAAACAAGACAGCACACUGGAUGCAGCUGAGGUGAUCCUGAAGAACUGGAAUAAACCUACAUCUUGAUUUUUAUAUUUGUAUUAGUUAUUCCAUCUGGUAUAAUUAUUUUAUACAUAGGUAUUUCAUUAUACCAUUAAAAGCUAAUGUACUCUAAAUACAGUACAUGAUUCAUAUGGAAUUGCAAAUAACUCUCUGGGAGGCUACCUGCUGAGUAGCUAAAAUAACAAUUUAUCCAUUGCAAAUAAUGUGAUCCAAGGAAUUAUUUUCAGUCUUUCCAAAGUAUUGGCUAUUUCACAAAAUAAUCACGGGAAUCCACAUUUUGGGGGUGGGAGAUUUACUAGGGCACUGAAAAAAUAAAUACAUCAUAUAACUGUGUUAGGGCUUAGGAGGAAGAAGUCAGAAUUAGAAGAAUAAGAGCUGUUCUGAUGUAAUGGUAUAGAAGCCAGUUGGAAAUAGCAGGAUUUGAAGAUGGAAUGUUGUGUUUCACAUAUCAUCCUAGCUUGAUGUGAAGGGAAAUUGAGAAAUGCUUUGAAAUGGUGCAUGUUAGCUAGCUCCAGGGACUUAGUACCUAACAGCUUAUGAACAUACAAAACAAAAUUGAUUUAGUUAAACCAAUGCAAUUUUUGGUGAGUAGACAGUUCUAAAUGUGUUUCAUUACUGUUUUAAUUUCCCACAAUUACUUUCAAAUUAAGUACUUUCAAAAAUAGUAAUCUUCAAAGUUCUAAAAUAGCAUGUGGUGUAAGAGUUUAAAAGUUUAGUUUGAUUUAUAUAUGCACACAUAAAAAUAAGAGACCUUGCUCUAGAUGCUCCUUGACAAUCCUUAAAUAUACAACACUGGAAUAGAUCACUCCUGUAAUUCCUUUUCAACUCUUAAUCAGCCUAUCCUCAACCACCACCAGUAACUCCACAGCAAAACACAUAUUUAGAAACCUUAACUAAGAUCUCUGGAAAACAGGAAUGGGCCUUGCAUUGUGCUAUGAAGGUUAAUAAACUUAGGUUAUUUCAAGCUAAGGGGAUGAGGGGAGUGAGUCCUAAAGAAGAGGCUGUUAUGGAAAGUGCUCUACCAGCUGCCUCAUCUUUGAAUAUCCUUGUGGCUCUGUGUGGUUUUACCAACCUCAAACUGGUUCCCAAUUGAAUAGAAGUAAUCCAGAGCAGACUGCUUCUAGAGGAUGAUUCCUGUGCUCUUUUUUCCCAUGACUUUCAUCAUUGUGGUCUUGCACUGCAGAGUUGGAACAAACUCAGAAAACAAUUCUAGAAAUAUUCCCUUCCAUGUUCUGGAAUCUGGAGUCAGUGCUGGUUUUCUGAAGUCUUGAGAACAAUUUAGGAUAUGUCUACUCUGCAAUCAGAGGUAUGAUUGCAGCAUGAGGCAUAUCCAUGCUAGCUUUAAUCUGGCUAGCACAGUUAAAAAUAGAAGUGUAGAAACAGCACUGACUUCAGCACAGGUUAGCAACAGGAGUACAGGGUUCCUGGCAGAUUUUUAUAGCCUGUGCUGAAGCCUGUGUCACCACACCUUCACUGCUAUUUUUAUGUCAGUCCAUGAUGCAAUUACACCUCCGACUGCCAUGUAAGCAUAUCCUAAAUCCAACCAAUCUGUGGUCAUGGGUUUAGUCCAACAGUGCCUUUAUCCACAAGUAAACUGUACAGCCGUGGAGUGGGCUGGUAGCAACA